AUGAGGAGGGACUGCCCGGAGACGACAGCAGCUACUUUGAAACAAGUUUCAGAGCCCUCCAUGAAGGAUGCAGAACUGUGGCAGCAUGAUGAGGAGGCGGAGACAGUGGAUGUAGCUGUGGAGACGAUGAAGGAACCGGUCGUGGAGGAAGAGGAUCCCAAAGCUCAGUCGGAUGUGGUUUCGGACAGAGAGGACGUCAUCCUUUCCGUUUCGGAAUCGGAGGAUAUGGCAGUUACGGUUGAAGCGAGGGGAGAGAAAAGACGCCAAGAUGAUGAUGAUGAUGAUGAUGAUGAUGACAGGGAACCUGAGGAAGGUCGAUGGACGCCCUGGUCGACAGACGUUCUUCCCGGGGGUUCAUCGCCUUGA